AUUAGACCAUCAUCAGGGGAAGAUUGCGGGUUUCAUUAGAAAGGUGCAGUGGCGGACUGCUGUCUUGUUUUUUUUUUUCUAAUUACAUGUCAGCUGGUAGAUUCAGUAACUUUAUGGUGGUGCCAUAAAAACGUGACUAGUUUAAAGGUGUGUCUUUUGACCACAUCAUCAGCACGGUUUGGGGGUAUUGCAGAUUUUGCUGCGGUGAAUUUUCUAUUUCAGUAAGCUACACCUGCCACUGAAUUAAGGAAAUCCAAGACGCUGUUUGCCUUCCACACACUCCUAACGUCUAACACACAAGACGCCAGCACUUCCAAAGGAAAGAUGCCAAACCCACUGGAAAAAAUAGUGGCAGAAAAAAAAGAAGUGAUCGAAACGGCGAUGGAAAUGUUUGAGAAAGGAGCCGAGGUUGUAGCCAGCGCCGUGGGAGAGAUAUUUCCUAUCUGUGAGGUGGCAGCACCAGUCCUAAGACUGGCCUUGGAUAAAGUGGAAAGUAAAGAGGUCCACUAUGUAAAAGAACAGUUUCAAGUCGUGCGCAAUAAAUUAGAUGUAAUAUCUGAUGAGGUAGAGGUCAUUAAUCAAGAGAUUAAAAAGAGUUUAGUGGAUAGCAAAUACUUUGAAGUGGAGGAAAAUCUACAAAACCAGUUCCGGAAGUAUAUGGAUAUCCUAAACGCUAAACCGCAGUUUAAGGAGGUCAAGAAGAAGCUGUUUCUUGACCACUUCAGCCGGACGGGGGGUGAGAUGAACCUCCUUCUGCUCUAUGAUGCUGUGAUGGGCCACAACGUCUUUGGGGAGUCCGUUCUGGAGAUUGCCCUGAAUUACGAAGGGAAAAAUCGCCGCGUUCUAGAAGAUCUUUUCAUGCGUCUCAAAGAGCUCUUCUGCAUCGGCCUGAUCGCUUUGCUCGGACACGCAGCCGUAACUGACGGAGACGAUGAAUCGCUGAUCGAAGAAUGGAAUGGGAAAAUGCUGGAAGUGGAAACCAAAAUGAAAUCACUGAUAGACGAAUGCAUUGACGGUUUUGCGGAGCAGGCUCAAGUCGACACUGAGAAACUGAUAAAGGAAAAGAACAUGAUGGACAACCAAGAAACCGCCAAAGAGAUCCACGGUUUUUUAAAGAGGAAAUACGACUGGGUGAAAUGGUCGGUCCGCGUUUACAAGCAUUCAGGCAGCAGCUUCAGCAACUGGAGAGCGGGCGACAACUAUCACUGCGUGACUGGAAAACACUGCUUUGAUUUGUUGCAAGUCAACAACAGUAAUGUGGUCGUGUCCUACAGUAGCAAUCCUCUACCUGUUGACAAAGAUCACAUCCGUCAGUUAAUGGAAGGACAGUACAAGAAAGAUGAUGCCAUGAAUGUAGCCGAACAUCUUUCUAAUGAGGUGCCUGGGUGCGUGGUGCAUGCUGUUAGCCGCUAUAAGGAGAUAUGGGCAUCAUGGAAUUUUCCAGAUGAGUGUCAUUAUUGGGAAAAACACAAAAAUGUCUCUCUGUGUGUCCAUUCAGAAUAAUUACUCACUUCUACGAUCUCAGCCUUCACAGCAAUUCUUCCUGUAAUAAUACCCCUCAUACAAGUUUUCCAUUGUAAAAGCAUUGUAAAACACACAUUAUUAUUAUUUAUUUCUUAGCAGACGCCCUUAUCCAGGGCGACUUACAAUUGUUACAAGAUAUCACAUUAUUUUACAUACAAUUACAUUUAUUUUUUACACAUUAUUGGGUUUUUACUAGAGCAAUCUAGGUAAAGUACAGCAGCAGCAGUGUCCCCCACCUGGGAUUGAACCCACGACCCUCCGGUCAAGAGUCCAGAUCCCUAACCACUACUCCACACUGCUGCCCACAUAUGGAAUAUUAAAAAACAUGGCAAACCAUCGUAAACUAAUGCAUAGUAUAAACAUGGGAAACCUGCAAAAUUAUUGAGCAAAUUUACCAUGGAAAACUUUUAUAGGGGACUGUGGAAUGGUGUGGUGCAGAGAAACAAGCUGAAGUCCAAACAGUUUUAAACAAAACAACCAGGGUUGUUUUUUUACUUCUUUUCUUUUUUUCAAUUAAGCCCAAAUGGGCUGAGGGAGGGCAGGCGUGCUCAAACGCACCAAAACCAAAUGAAAGGGUAAAUUAUAUUCCAUGACCUCUGUUUACGUCCUCUGUCAUUACAAUCGUCCCGUCCGUCUAGUCUCCUUGUCGUCCCAGACACCCCUGUCUGUGCUUAGUCUGAGGGGGGCGCAGAAGAGAAAUAAGAACACACACACACAACUAAACAUUCAUUUGUCUCCCGCUGUCUUGCAACACCAAAAUCCUUUGUUGUGAGACAGCGCGCUUCCAUACUAAGCAGGUCAGUCGCUUGAAUCACCUCAUCGGAUCAGUAGCUAAAAUACAGUACAGAGGCGCUAAUGUGGAAGCAAGUUAAUACAUUUCCAAAUAUCCUUUACACUCAGCUGUUCAAAUUAGGGUGCUUUGUUUAUUGAAAUGUUUCUUCUCUAGUUAAUUCACACUAGAAGAACAUUUUUAUUACAAGAAGUAAUUUACUAUAAGUGACUGCUGAAUUUGGCCGGGACCAUGGUAUUAGGAAAUUCGUCUUACAACGACAAUUGACCGUAUUUUUCAACAUAUUCCCGGUUGUUUUGAUAUUUUUAUGACCACAUUUUAGGUAAAUCAACUAAGGAAAACCUUUGCUGAACUUUUUCCAGGAGAAUUUUUUUUUUUUUGUAAACAUCGCAGUGUAUCUAGUUCAUCCCUCAGUCCAGCAGCAGUGCUUGUGGUUGAAAUGAGCGAUGUAUUGUGGGAACAGAAAACCAGCCUUGUUGCAGGAGGGAGUGUGAUCUGGAUACACGGCGGCCCUUUCUCCUGUCGAACGCUCUCCAGUAAAUGUUGCGAAAUGGACUGAUUUAUAACGCAUGGUGUGUGAUUAAAAGUUUCAAAUAAGUCGUUGAUAUAAUACGUCUCUUGUUUCUGCAGAGAGUUCUGUAACACUUCAAUUCUGUAGUGCUGUAAACAAAUGCAAUCCAGCUGUGGUUUAUCCCAUGAAUAGCUUCUGCUAGUCAGUAUUAGUAUGGGACAAAUAUUGCACUUUCAUAUUCAUUUUAACGCUGAGAUUAGCGUGAUCAGUGUGACGGGAUGUAGCAUGUAGCUGUUGUAUCUGUGUCUUGUGAAAUGCAUCAAUCUUAAGCCUGCAUUAUUUGCACUACAGGUGUACGUUUCUAGAAGUUGUUUGAAACAUGUUAUAUUAUAUGAAGAUAUAUGACUGCUUAAAGAAACUAGAUGUGUUGUACUUCAAACCAGUGCAUAAAUAAAUCCAAUAUAAAAACCUGGA